UGGCUACUAAGGGAGGAUAAGUUAUCUCGGACUUAGACUAUCAAGCAAGUCUCAUCUCUACUCUCUCAUUUCUUAGUUUGUUGAGUUGAAGCCAUGGCCAUCGUUCCCUCUAAUCUCCAUUCCCUCUCUUCAUCUUUCUCAUUCACCAAUCCUUCCCCUAAUGUCUCUGCUACCUCUUUUACCUUUCAAAUUCCCCAUAAAACUAUCCUAAUUUCUCGCUUUUUCUCCAAAAAUUCAAAUAUUCACGCCACUUCUGCUACUUAUGCCCAGAAUAGUUUCAAUUUUUAUGAUGCAGUUUCUCCAGUGAAGAAGCCCAGCUUUCGAAGGGAUCUAAUCGUUGCACAGGCAACAGAAGCAGUUGCACCAGCCACAGAAGAGACUGCUGCUUCUAAAUCAAAAACCUUAAAGAAAAGUAAAAAGGAAAAGUACCCUCGGAGAAUACUUGAUGUGUAUCAGAUCCUUCAGGUCCCCAUUAUAACUGAAGCUGCGAUUAAGAAUAUUGCUGACGAGAACUCACUACUCUUCACUGUUGAUGUUCGUGCUGACAAAAAGAUGAUCAGGGAGGCCGUUACUAACUUUUUUGGUGUCAAAGUUCGUAAAGUAAAUACUUUGAUUAGGCCUGAUGGAACGAAGAAAGCAUAUGUGAUGUUGAAUAGAGAAUUCAAUGCUUCAGAUCUCGCAAAGAAGAUAGGAAUCUUCCCUAGCAGUGGCUGAUGCUGGAGAUUUUGGAUGUAUAGUAUUGAAGCGUUGUUUGAAUAGAGAAUUAGCAAGUAUUCCAUUCUUUCAAAUCUGUAGCUGUAAUAAGGUGAAAUGUUUGUUUUCAUUGUGUAACCUACUCAUUCUAUGUUUCCUGUACGUUGUGUUGUGUUUUACGUUCAAUAUAACUAAGGUUCAAGCUGGUAUAA